AUGGCUCUCGAAGAAGGAAUGUUGGAUGAGAUGUCGAACUUGUCCUGGGACGCCAUGAACAUUAGCGUGCUGGGGAACGUGUCCAUAAACAGGACAGACACGGGUUCCCCGCCUUUCCUGACGGACGCCUGGCUGGUACCCCUCUUUUUUGCCCUGAUCAUGCUCGUGGGGUUAAUUGGAAAUUCCCUUGUGAUAUACGUCAUCUCUAAACAUCGGCAAAUGAGGACUGCCACCAACUUUUACAUAGCUAACCUGGCAUCCACAGAUAUCAUGUUCUUGGUGUGCUGUGUGCCGUUUACCGCCACGCUGUAUCCGCUGCCGAGCUGGGUGUUCGGAGACUUCAUGUGCAAGUUUGUGGCCUAUUCCCAGCAGGUAACCGUACAAGCCACCUGUAUUACCCUGACAGCCAUGAGCGCUGACAGAUGUUACGCCACGUUAUACCCACUGAGGUCGCUGAGGCAUCGCACCCCGAGGGUAGCCAUGAUUGUCAGCAUCUGUAUUUGGAUAGGGUCUCUUCUCCUGUCUACGCCGAUCAUACCGUACCAAAAGAUCCAAAAAGGUUACUGGUACGGACCCCGGACCUAUUGCAUAGAGCAGUUCCCAUCAGACGCCCUGAAGAAGGCUUGCAUCCUAUACCAAUUUCUAGCCGUGUAUCUGCUGCCUCUGCUUACAAUUUGCGUAUGUUAUUCGUUAAUGUUGAAACGUGUAGGGCAGCCAGUGGUAGAACCCAUGGACAAUAACUAUCAGGUCCAGCUGUUGUCCGAGCGUACCAUCGCUAUGAGGAGCAAAAUCUCCAAGAUGGUAAUAGUGAUCGUCCUUCUGUUCACCAUAUGCUGGGGUCCCAUUCAGCUCUUCAGCCUCUUUCAGGGCUUCUACCCCGGAUUUCAAGCCAACUACGCAACCUACAAAAUCAAAACCUGGGCCAAUUGUAUGUCGUAUGCCAACUCCUCCAUUAACCCUAUAGUUUAUGGAUUCAUGGGCGCCAGCUUCAGGAAAUCUUUCAAGAAAGCCUUCCCUUUCAUGUUCCGGAGUAAAGUUAGGGAUGGAAGCAUAACAUCUGGGACAGUGAAUAACGAGAUGAAAUUUGUAGCCAUGGAGUCAACAAACAACGAGUUAAAGUGAAUUUGGAGUCAACAGCCCCGUUUCAGGGUUUUUUUGUAUACCAGAAAGUAAUCAGAUGGACAGUAGAAGACAAUGGGCUUGUAAAAUAUGGAUUCGGGAUUCUGUGGUUUAUAUUUUGUAAAUAAAAAAAAGUCCAAAUGCUUGUAUUAUAUUUUCAAAAAUAACACAAAGCUCAUAAUAUAUUUUUUUCACAAGGUUCCUUUCUCCAGACAAACAUUCAGUUGCCAUGUAAAAGUCUUGUAAUGAGAUAUCCUACGUUUCUCCAUUAAAUUCACUUCUUUCCAUAAUAUGACGUUUUUUUUUGUUUUGUUUUUUUAUCAUUUUGGCUUUUACUGGAAACCUAUUUCUCAUUUCCCCAUGUCUUCGUUUUUUUUUUUUAAACUAAUGAGACUUCUUUGCUCCUACUUCUUGUAAAUAUUUUGUUUCUUAAUCAGAUUUCCAGCAUAUUUAAACAAUUAAAUGUUGCUUCUAAACGGUU